AUGACACUGUCACGCACCAUGAAAACGGUUGCCGUCAUCGGAGCUGGACCAAGUGGCAUUGCCGCAGCCAGACAUCUCCUGUCUGAAGGCGCCACUUCCGAAAUCGUAAUCUUCGAGCAACGAAAUAAUGUCGGCGGCAUCUGGAACACCGAUGCUACCUCCCCGCCCAAUGACGUGGCUGCUUUUUCCAGCCCGAUUUACCCCGGCAUGGAGUCAAACAUACCAAGCGAGAUUAUGCAGUUUGACAAACGCCCGUUUCCCGAAGGAAUGCCGUUGCUGGCAGAUGCGGGACAAGUGCUCAAGUAUAGACAGGAUUAUGGAGAACGGGUUUUGCACCUCGUCAGAUAUCGACACCAAGUGACAGAUGUAUCUGCUGAACUUCAGGAGGACAGAUCAUAUUGGAGGCUGAGAGUCCACAACCUCGACAGUCAGACAGUCCUUGAUUACUGCUACGAUGCUGUUAUUGUAGCAAAUGGCCGAUAA